AUGCGCUGGGAGACCAGGAGACUGGGAGACAGAAGCAAAAAGCAAAACAAUUAUUGCGCUGGUGGGGAACCGACAGCAAAGUUGACAGAACUAAAGUCUACCGCACCUUCUUACGACCGUCACGACCGUUACGAAUUUUCUACGCCAACACACCAGCGCCAGCAGCACGGACUUCACCAGCAAUCGCCUCAACAUCCUCCGCCAGAUCGAAGAUCAACAGCCACCCCUUCCUCUAUUCACCGACUUCGUAGGACCCCGCGCUUCUCGGCCUCGCCUAUCUCCCAGCCAGACGCGCAACAGGCGCGCCAACCAGUCAAUCGAGUUACUGUUACUCUCGGGCCUCAAGGGCGAUACGUUCUAGCGGGUGCUGACCAGCAAGCUCGGAGAGACCGUCCAAAACAGCCCAGACGGCAGCUUUCCCAAGGGAAUUUAAGUAACGAUUCCGAAGCGACCUCAAAUAACCCUCCCGAGCCACGUUUUGAGGCGAGUCGAUCUGUUCCGGACCCGAAUAGACCCGAACCGCAUCCGGCCCUUCGCAUCUCAAAGCAAACUCACAGUGCUAUAUUGUAUGCCCUUGAGCAGACAUUACGCGGCCCUAGAGAGAUCUCGGAAGACCUGGUCGAGCUAUAUUCGCCAAUGUCCGAUCUUAUGGGAGGCAGAGGCCCUGCGACCUCUAAUGGCAAUGGCGCUUUGCCGGCACGGCCUACUACGGCACGAGCAGCCGUCGGCUCUCCUUCCGGAAUUAGAGGUCCUAGGAUAAUUAUGCAGGAGAGAGCUGCGCGAGAGGCUGCGCGUGAACGACAGCGCGAAGAGCAGGAGCGUGAACGCCUAGAGAAGGAACAUGCCGAAAACGAGAUGCGUUUGCUAGAAGAGGCAAAACUAAGAGAAGCAGAGCGAAAAGAUGCGGAGCGCCGAGCUGCCGCUGCCGCCGCUGCUGGCGCUGGUACUUAUGGAGCCGGUACCGUCCCCGCCGGCACCGAUCCCACUACUUCCCGACGACCGGCGCAGCCAGCCGCGCCUGGUCGCACGACCAUAGAUAACAAUGCCCGCCAGGCGGGACAAUCGCGAGUUCCUACGGCAGCCCAACCGUCGCAGUCGGCGCGACAUGGGCGAACUACUUCCGAUACGCAGGGAGUUCCCGGCACCUCUUCCGGCCCUAGAGUAGCCGGUCCUUCUGGAACCCAACCCCAGCAGCAGCAGCAGCCUCCUCAGCUAGGCGAAACUUCAACAGCUCUCGGACGAGGUAGAAACUCGUUUCCUCAUGCAUUUGAGCGCUGGGAAACUUUGUCAGCUCAUUGGGAAGGCCUUACUAGCUUUUGGAUCCGUAGGUUGGAGCAGAGUGCGCAGGAGAUCAGCCAGGACCCUAUCUCUCAGCAGCUAUCACGACAAGUGACGGACCUUUCUUCUGCAGGUGCUAAUCUGUUCCACGCCGUGGUCGAACUCCAACGCCUGCGGGCCUCAUCGGAGCGUAAGUUCCAACGCUGGUUCUUCGAGACCCGCGCCGAGAUAGAGCGUUCUCAAGAGGUCACUGGUAUGCUCGAGGCGGCUCUCGAAGAGGAACGCAGGAGCAGAGCCGAUGCGAUUCGCGAAGCCGUCGAGCACGAGCAAGGCACCUCUAAGAUGCAAAAGCAGAUAAAUGAGCUGCGCAAAGAAUUGACCAUUUCUAAGGAGGAAGCGAGGCGCGCGUGGGAGGAACUUGGACGACGGGAGCAAGAGGAGCGUGAUCGCACUAUGUCUUUACAGCUUGGCCAACCCACUAUCGUUGGCGGCGUUCAGGUCGUCCCUAUGACGCAAGGUGUGGGCCGCGGCCACUCCCAGCGAGACCCUCGCUCUUACAACCAAACGGAGCCGGCGGGUUAUGCUCAGUCGCAUACGUCGCCUAGCGCUGAUCGUCCUCAGUACUCUCAAGCCCCUGUGGUUAAGUCAACCCCGGCUUCGCGUGAUAAUAAUCCCGCUUUCCAGACACCCUCGUCUGUUCAGCACCAGCAGAGCUACGGUUCCGAAGGAACCUACAGCGAAGGUCAGUACAACAAUGGUAUUGCCAAUGGCGCAGCGAGAAACCCCGUUCGAGACACGCAAGAGCACAAUCCUUCUGCACAUACCAAUCCAACCCGUACCCAUGCUUCACAGGGUUCUGACGUUGCAGCAGAAGAGUUCGAGACUCCCGCUACUCAGCCGGCCGUCUAUCAGCCGACCGGCACGGGUUCUCAACAGCAACAGCCGCAGUACUCGGCAGCUCCGGAUUAUAGCGGUGCUGGAUACUCGGGGCCUUGGGAUGACAUAGGCAGUGCUCCGCGUCACCAUCACCCCACACGCCUAAGUGACGUGCUCGAGGAAGAGGAAGAGCGGAGCCGUACGAGCGCGAGCCAGAGUCAGGUCAGCCGGCCUUAA